CGCAGAGUGAUAACGUGUGCGUCAGGCUGGGACUGUCAGUCAGAGCGCGGCCGGGUACGGGCCGAGCGGCCCGCGGGGCCCGCGCCGCUAUGGCGGCCGUGUUUGAUCUGGACUUGGAGACGGAGGAAGGCAGCGAGGGCGAGGGCGAGCCGGAGUUCAGCCCCACGGACGUGUGUUCCCUUGCCGAAUUGAGGGCGGCUGGCCUGGAGCCUGUGGGACACUAUGAGGAGGUGGAGCUGACUGAGACCAGCGUGAACCUCGGCCCUGAGCGCAUUGGGCCCCACUGUUUCGAGCUGUUGCGUGUGUUGGGCAAGGGAGGCUAUGGAAAGGUGUUCCAGGUGCGAAAGGUGCAAGGCACCAACUUGGGCAAGAUAUAUGCCAUGAAAGUCCUACGGAAGGCCAAAAUUGUGCGCAACGCCAAGGACACGGCACACACACGGGCUGAGCGGAACAUUCUAGAGUCAGUGAAGCACCCCUUCAUUGUGGAACUGGCCUAUGCCUUCCAGACUGGUGGCAAACUCUACCUCAUCCUUGAGUGCCUCAGUGGUGGCGAACUCUUCACACAUCUGGAGCGAGAGGGCAUCUUCCUCGAAGACACAGCCUGCUUCUACCUGGCUGAAAUCACACUGGCCCUGGGCCAUCUCCACUCUCAAGGCAUCAUCUACCGAGACCUCAAACCCGAGAACAUCAUGCUCAACAGUCAGGGCCACAUCAAACUGACCGACUUUGGACUCUGCAAGGAGUCGAUCCAUGAGGGUGCUGUCACUCAUACCUUCUGUGGCACCAUUGAGUACAUGGCCCCUGAGAUCCUGGUGCGCAGUGGCCACAACCGGGCUGUGGACUGGUGGAGCCUGGGGGCCCUGAUGUACGACAUGCUCACUGGAUCGGCAAGUCCAGCCUCCGUGGGGGGGGAGGCCGGGUGGGGGGGUAGGAGGAGACUCCCUCCAGGGCAGGAGCAGGGCUGGUGGGAGGCCUGCAAGGCUCCUCUCACCUUCUGCCUCCUCCAGCCACCCUUCACUGCAGAGAACCGGAAGAAAACCAUGGAUAAGAUCAUCAAGGGGAAGUUGGCGCUGCCCCCCUACCUCACCCCAGAUGCCCGGGACCUUGUCAAAAAGUUCCUGAAGCGGAAUCCCAGCCAGCGGAUUGGGGGUGGCCCAGGGGAUGCUGCCGACGUGCAGAGACACCCCUUCUUCCGGCAUGUGAAUUGGGAUGACCUCCUGGCCCGCCGUGUGGACCCCCCUUUCAGGCCCUGUCUGCAGUCAGAGGAGGACGUGAGCCAGUUUGAUACCCGCUUCACACGGCAGACACCAGUGGACAGUCCGGACGACACGGCCCUCAGUGAGAGCGCCAACCAGGCCUUCCUGGGCUUCACGUACGUGGCACCCUCUGUUCUGGACAGCAUCAAGGAGGGCUUCUCUUUCCAGCCCAAGCUGCGCUCCCCCAGGCGCCUCAACAGCAGCCCCCGGACCCCCAUAAGCCCCCUCAAGUUCUCCCCCUUUGAGGGGUUCCGGCCCAGCCCCGGCCUGCCAGAGCCCAUGGAGCCACCUCUACCUCCACUGCUGCCGCCACCGCCGCCGCCACCACCCUCGAGCACUGCCCCACUCCCCAUCCGUCCCCCCUCAGGGACCAAGAAGUCCAAGAGGGGCCGCGCACGCCCUGGGCGCUAGGCUAGGUGGGGGUGAGGGCAGCUGUUGAGGCCCCUCCCUGCAGGCCGCGAGGGCAGGACUCUGGGCGAGUCCCAUAGACCUAGGGCUGUGUCUGGGGUGGAGAGCGAAUGUCUUUGCUGGGGGUGGCCGGGCCCCUGAAUCACGACUAUGGAGGGCUGCAGGCUGCGACUGCUGGAGCAAGGGCUCUGCUGCCCCCUAGACCCUCACUUACCUGUGCCCGUGGGGGAUUAAAGGAUUGAAUCAUGGCACUGA